CAGGCCGAGCAGCGCUGAGCGACCCGGUGCGGGGGAGGCGCCCAGGGCUGGAGCCGCCCGCCGCCCCUCCCCCCCCCGCUGCCGCCGCCGGGCAAGAUGCCCCGCCGGAAGCAGCGCCACCCGCAGCCCGUCAAAGUGGACGCUGCUGUUGCUCCGGCCGAGCCGCCGGGCGAGGAGGGCUUGGCGCCGCCGGGCGGCUUCCUCCUGGCGCACGAGCUGGAGGAGGAGGAGGAAGAGGAGGAGGAGGAGGAAGAGAGCAGCGUCCCAAUCCUCGCCUUCGAGAAGGACUCGGAAGACUCUCUCGGGGGGACCCCUGGACUGUCAGCCUACGUGCUGAGCGAAGAGGAGGAGGAGGAGGAGGCAUUCCCGCCUCUGUGCCAGCCCCGGGAUGAUGGCGGCGAGAGCAAGGGGCCGGGCCAGGCUUGCCAGCACUGUGGCCUGCCUGCUCCUGGCUCUGCUGUCUGCUGCCCCCCAGAGGAGGGGGAGGAGGAAGGCUCCACCAAGGGGCGUGUGGUCUUCUCCUGCCAGCUCUGCCCCUUUGCCUCACACUACUCCAGCCAUCUGAAACGCCACAUGAAGACCCACAACGGCGAGAAGCCUUACCGCUGCCCCCAUUGCCCCUACGCCUCUGCCCAGCUGGUCAACCUGACACGCCACCUGCGCACCCACACCGGCGAGAAGCCUUAUCGCUGCCCACGGUGCCCCUUUGCAUGCAGCAGCCUUGGCAACCUCAAGAGGCACCAGCGGGUCCACGGCCAGGAGCGCCCGCUGCCCUGCAGCUCCUGCACCUGCCGCUGUGCCCACGGCAGCCCCCUCCAGCAUCAGAGCCCAGGGGCCCAGGGGGAGUCGGAGGCAGAGCUGGAGGGACCACCCAUUGCAGAGCAGGAGACAGAACCGCCGCUGCUGCCACCAGGCUCCCCGUUCCUUAGGCCUGACGACUCUGCCACUGUUCUGCCGGAACUGCUCUUCCCAUUCACUUGCCGUGCGUGCGGACUGGUACUUGAGGCUGAUGAAGGCCUGGGGGAGCCCGUUUGUGGGCGCUGCAGCCUGGCAGUGCUAGGGGCUGAGCCAGCCUCCCCCAAAGGCUUCUCAUGCCAGCUGUGCCCCUUUGUCACGACCUACCCCAACCACCUCGCCCGCCACAUGAAGACACACAGCGGGGAGAAGCCCUUUGCCUGCGCCCUCUGCCCCUACGCCUCCGCUCACCUGGACAACCUUAAGCGGCAUCAGCGGGUGCACACUGGCGAGAAACCAUACAAGUGCCCACUCUGCCCUUACGCCUGCGGCAAUCUCGCCAACCUCAAGCGCCACGGCCGCAUCCACUCGGGGGACAAGCCUUUCCGCUGCCGCCUCUGCCCGUACUCCUGCAACCAGAGCAUGAACCUCAAGCGGCACAUGCUCCGGCACACAGGGGAAAAGCCCUUCCAGUGCCGCAUCUGCCCCUACACCACCGGCCACUGGGACAACUACAAGCGGCAUCAGAAGGUGCAUGGCCAAGGCCUACUGCCAGAGGAGGGGGGCCCCAGCCCAGACAGCAGCCUGCCUUGAUGGGCAGCAGGAGCAUCCCCACAAGGACAGCCUUUGCACCCAGACUGCUGGGACUGGAGUAGAAAGGGCAGGCCUCUCCUUCUUAGCAAGCAGCCCCAGGGGUGGGGUGGGAGGAGUGACUGGAUGUACCUGGGGGGGGGGAGCUUGUACUGGCAGCAGGGGAUGCAGCCCGCUUUGGGGAAGGGCUUCUUGACCGAAGUGCAUCUCUGCUGUGCCCUGCCAAACGCUUCCAAGUGCAGGGGGAGCGUAGGCACGCUCUGCUGCUGAGGAAAGACUUGACCGUAUCUGUGGGACGCAGAAGCCCACAAAGGGGCAGUUCUUAGUGCUUUCCUGUCCUGUUUGUGCCUCUUUCUCCCCCCUUCCUUUAACUGUGGUUGCUGCUUGAGUCUGUGUAAUUUAUAUCGUGUAUUCAUGCAUUAAACUGUUUUCUUAUCUUG